CGCCGCCAGGCACGUAGUCUUUACCGCUAGGCAAGAUGGCUGACGCCGGCGACAAGAAGCGUACUUUCCGCAAGUUCACCUACCGUGGGGUGGACCUGGACCAGCUGCUGGACAUGAAGACCAGCGACUAUGUUCAGCUUUUCCAUGCUCGUGCGCGCCGCCGCUUCCAGCGUGGCCUGAAGAGGAAGCACCAGUCUUUCAUUGUUAAGCUUCGCAAGGUUAAGAAGCUGGCUGCUAGCGGCGAGAAGCCGGAGCCUGUGCGCACGCAUUUGCGCAACAUGAUUGUCGUGCCGGAGAUGAUUGGCAGCGUUGUGGGUGUCUACAACGGCAAGACGUUCAACCAAGUGGAGAUUAAGCCUGAGAUGGUUGGCCACUACCUGGCCGAGUUCUCCAUCUCGUACAAGCCUGUCAAGCACGGACGCCCAGGCAUUGGCGCGACGCACUCAUCCCGUUUCAUUCCGCUCAAGUAAAUUGACGUUUUGAGCUGUGGCCGUUUGGGACUGGCGCGGGAGGGCUAUGCCCAAGCCUCCCUCGCCAUCGAGGAGGUUAGGGCGUGUAACGGGCGAUGAUCGGGUUCUU